GGGGGGGUUAGUUUCAGCAAUCGUAACUUGGACAAAGGACCUUCCAUAUUGAGACUUUUGUCUCAUGACUCCAUUUUAUUUCUUCAAUUUAAUUGAAUUUCGUGGAUCGACUCAAAAAAUUGAAAAUAGCAUCUAAUUAAUGAAUGCAAGCAAAGAAAAAAAAACGAAGUUCCUCUUCACACACGAUAUGAUAUUGAAACGUCCUCGAUUGCAAAGAAGGAAGUAAAAGGUUAACCUUGUUCGACCUUCAAGGUUAUCAAACAGUAAAGGAUCCUUAUUCUGCAUGUUUCUCUUUCAACAAGAAAUUUAAAUUAAUUCUUAUACAUGCAAUUAACAUUGUUCUCAAUCUAGUUCUAAAUCUAGUAAUGAUUAUGCAUUGUUAUUGAUAUUGUUUUUAUUUUUUAAAUGCCAGACGUGUAUUCAUUGGUGGAGGCAAAUUAUUACAAAAGCAAUAACUGAUUCUUAAUAACACAAAAGUUUAAAUUUCAAACGUCUAUUUAUCGGUAGAGACUUGCAUUUAGGAUUAGCAAAUGUUCAAAUAAUACAGAAAAGAUUUGGGAAAUUCCCUUUUUCGAUCAGUCAAUUGUAUUGGUCGUAUGUUAAUCAAAUAUUGAAAUUGGUUUUUACACUGGAUAAUUCGAGCCGAUUUAAUCACGGAAUCGUCAAUUGUUGUAGCAUUUAAAAGAAUAUUCUCUCCACUUCAGCAGAGUAAGUUUAAACUCUAUUCGGCAUAUCUUCUUCAUUGACCUCAAAUGGCGAGUUUGUAUUUUUGGAUUCUUAUCCUACUGGUUUGUUUUGAUACACUGCAUUGCCAAUACUUUAAAUGGACCCCUUCUGUGAAUGGGACACGUAAUGCAUAUUGUGCUGAACACUGCAGAGACUGUAGCGUUACUCCGUGUCAGGUUGACGAGGAAUGCUGUGUCUGCGGUGUAAAGUCGCCCUGGGAGAUAGGACUGGAAAGCACACUUCUACUGCACGUUGAAUACAGAAAUGCAUUUGGGGACAAUACACUGAUAAAGCCACGUAAGCCUUUCUCCGACUCUGUGCUUCAAUUGAUACAUACGAAUGGUCGCAUGAGAACAUUUCCAAACAACUUGUGCAAUUUUGAAAAGAUCGUACACAUUAAUUUGCACUCUAACUCUAUUGGGACAAUUCCAAAUUUGGGUUGCAUACCUUAUUUAGAGGUUCUCAUCCUUAGCAAAAAUCAGCUUAUGGAGAUACGAAACACUACUUUCGUAGACAAUAUAUUUUUAAGGAAGGUUGAUCUUUCAUUCAACCCAAUUCGUGUACUUGAUCCAAAUGCAUUCCGAAGGUAUGAUGGUUCCUCACCAUUUUCUAUGCAGUUGUCCCAUAUUGACAUCCGAGAUCUAGAUGUGACAAAUAUUUUUCUUGAAGGUCGAAUGUUCUGUGACAUUGAUCUCUCUCAUUCAUCAGUUCAAAAUUUUGUAAAUUUAAAUAACUUUACAGUUGCACCCGAUGCAUUAUAUGGGGACUUUGGUUCAGUGAACUUGGAGAAUAGCAUGGUUAAACAGCUUCCGAACUUUACUUCAAGUUGAAUUUCAUCUACACAAGAAUUCUACGAAAAAAUUCAUUUUAAGGUUUUAGUUCUCAAUCUUAGUUUAACAUGUGAUUGUAUUUUCGUAAAAUACCUUUUGAAGGACUUGACAGCCAUAAAAAAAUUCUUCUCUGGUACAGACGAGGGAACCAUGAUAUGUUCGGAACCAGAAUCUUUGCGUAACUACACCCUUAAGGACAUCUAUGAUAAUCAUUUGGAUGACAUGACUUGUGAUGUUGCCAGCAACUGUCCUCCCAAAUGUCAUUGUUAUGAGCAACCCAGUAAAUACCAUACUGUAAUUAACUGCACUGAAAGCCACAUUACACAUUUUCCCGAGACUCUACCUUGGGCAAAUAAGUAUUCUAUUAUUUUUGGAGAGAAUAAGAUAUCUUCUCUAGAAAAGAAAAGUUACAUGGAAAAAGUUUCUUACAUGCAGGUAUCAGGAAUCAUGCACAUGGACGGCCAGGCCAUCAGUUCUUUACCGAACAAUGUCGUUUUAGAUUUACAAGAUCACAACCUUCAGAGUUUACCGUCCGAACUGUUUUCCAAAGAUCCAUUGAAAAUCAAUCUAGGUCGGGUUCUUGUAGAAUGUGUUUGUUCCUCUAAAUGGCUAUAUUUAUGGACACACUUUCAGAAUACAAACUCUACUACAAAAUACAUAUGUUCAAACUUCAACAAGAAUUUAGAAUUGUUAACAACAGAUGACUUUGGAUGCAAAGAACCAAUAGAUCAAACCCUAUUCAUUGUCAUGAUUGCAAUUUGUGUGCUGGCUGUUUUGUUAAUACUUUUAACACUUACUUAUUGUUGUUUCUAUCCCGAGAUGCUUAUUCUGACAAGAAAAUUCUUCACAAAGACGCGUCCAAAUAGAAAGAAAUGUGAUUUCGACGUCUAUAUUUCCUUGGACGAAGAGGACAGGAUACAAAGAAAAUGGGUAAUUACGUCCCUACUGCCUUAUCUAGAAUCAGAAGGGUACAAAGUUUACUUGCCAAUGCGUGAUUCAUUACCGGGUGACAAUAUACUCUCCGAGAGAGCAAAUGCCAUUAAACAGAGUAUUGCUUACAUCGUGAUUUUGACGGAGAAAGACUCCAUGGAAAAUUUCCAAGACAUAGAUGGAAAUGAAACGACGACUGUCUCUGUGAUCAGGGAAUUUGAAAUCAUGUGGAAAUUGUUUGAAAAGGACCGAUACCGAAAUGUGAUAUUUCUUGACUUGGAAAACAUUCGUAAAAAAUUUGCAAAGCAUAGAAUUGUUAAAGCAUUCACCAGAGUCAGGCAUUUCGUGAAAGUCUCUUCCAGAAAAAAGAAUAUUCUUCGAGAGGUGCGUAGUCGACUUCAUGACCCGUUUGACAAUACGGUCUGCUACAAUGAAAAAGUCUACGACUUUAAUAGGAACACAAAGUUCAAAAGAAAUGUUCUACAACUCGAACAACUUGAGUUACCCGAUGAAAUAUUUACUAUCAAAAAAAAUAUUUUUGAUUUCAAUAAAAAAACAAGUUUUUAUGGAAAAUAACUUUUUAAAAAGUGUCCCCUUUUGUUGCCUUUGUUCUAUUAUUUUUACUUUAGCCGACUAACUACGUCUAUUUGUGUAUUUUUGUACUUUUGCUAUUUUUUAAGCUAGAUGGUUUGUGACGAAGAAUGUUUAACGUUAAUUUUGUGAUUGUCUUUUUUCAUCAUUCAUCUAUGUUCUGUUUUUUAUUUUGUAAAUCACCUCUUUUGUGAUAGAUUCAUAUUUUCUUACUGAGAAAUUUAUACUUGUGUAUUAUUUUGUUUUGUUGUGCUUUUGUUUUUGAUAUUGUACUUUACAGCAAUUCAUUGUCUUAUAAAAAUUUUGAUGCCCAAUAUUCAGAAAUUUUGUAAAGGACAAUAUGCUAUAGCGAUAUAACAGUAAAUAAUAUGGGUUAAUUAAUAUUUUUUAAAAAUAGCUUGUAGUUUGACAAGUAUCAUUGUUUGGUGUUUUCUUUCAAACGUGUAUAUCAUUUGUAUCAAAAACAUUUUUUACUUUUUAAUUAGUGGAAUAUUUGUAAAGAAUUAGCCACUGACUUAUAUACAGCUGUAAAUUGUAUUGUAAUAAAUGGCAUUUCUUUGAUCUCAUUACGUUUUUCAUCGGGCCAAUUUUAAGUUGGACAGAUUUGAAUUAAAAUUCUUGAUAUAGAAAAUAAUAAAAUUUUGCAUUAAUGUGCCACGGAUGCACAAUUAUAUUACAUGACACUGUUUUCAGUAGGGCUGUGAGUUGUCUUUUUUUUGGCAUUCCAAUUCUACAAUUAUGUUAUAUUUCUUUAUAGGUCUAUGAAUGAUUAUCAGAAUGAAUGAAAGUUGCAAUUCCUUCUUUUACUUUUUGACGUUAAAAUCAAGCACAAAACAUUACAUAACUAGAAUAUUGUAUGAUUUUUGGUACUGAUGAGGCCCCAAAUCUAAUUUGUUAUCAAAUGAUAUGAAACAAAAAAAGAGAACCAACGUUUUAUUCAAAUGUUUAUGCAACGUAUUACAAGCAGAUAUUUCAAGAAAAUCAACUUUGAUGAUAUGUGUGGAUAAAGCAUUUUGAUUUUCUUCAACAAUCUGAUAAAUGCAAAAAUUAUUGAAGAAUAGUUCUCGGAUUUUUAAUACGUAUACACGUAUCUCCAAGAUGUUGUGAUACAACUCGGACAUCGUUGUCGUUGGCUUAGGGGGAACAACGUUUCCCGUGAAACCGAGCCGCCCACAGUCAUUGAUUGUCUGACAAGGCUUUUCCUCCUGAAGAUUUGUGCUUUGAGUUCACGUCAACCCAAACUUUUCUUCUCAGAGAUUGUCUCUAUAGCUAGAGGAAAAUUCCGGAAACCUCUCGACGAUAGGAAUUUGACGCCAAACAGAGGACAGUCAAUCCUUUUUUAUAAAUUGGGCAGAACCUACAUAAGAAUAGACGUGAAAUUCCCUCGUCAUUACUUUCAAGACGAAAUCCACUUCAACGAGGCUAGAACGAUCAUCUUCCUGAUGUCAAUAAGCAAGAGAGUCAACAGUCGCUGCUCCGAGUAGACAAUAAACAAUUAUUCGAAAAGAUACUUCUAUAUAUGUGUACACCAAACAUAGCAACGUGUUGGCGUACUUUUUAAUUUUACCGUAAUGUUCAAUAAAUAAUAAAAAUAAGUCAUCCCUACAAUUAAAACACAUUAUUAUAGGUA